GCGCUCCGAGCCGGGGGAAGAUGCUGCCGGGGUCUAUCCAGAUCUCCGGGGAGACGCUGUCGGGGGCGGAGAUCCGAGACAUCUGCGAGAGCCUGCGGGAGAACUCGGUGCGGCUGCUGUCGCUGCGGGGCUGCCAGCUCUCCGAGCGGGACUUCGGGCACGUCUGCCGCGGGGUGGCCGAGUCCCGCUCCCUCGCGCAGCUCAACCUCAACCUGGGCAUCGUCUCCAACAUCAACCGCGUCAAGCAGUUGGCCGAGGCCCUGAAGACGAACCGCUCCGUUCAGUCCCUCUUCCUCCAUGGGAGUCCCCUGACAGAUGCAGGCUUGGCCCUCCUCAACCCUGCUCUCUCCAUCCACCCCUCGCUGGUGGCUCUGGAUCUAGGAGACUGCAUGCUGGGUGAUGAAGGCAUCAACCUUAUCUGUGGGCUUCUGCCACCGGAUGGGGCCAAGUCUGGCCUCAAAGAGCUAACACUGAGUGCCAACCCAGGCAUCACAAGUAAAGGCUGGGGACGCCUAGCCAUUGCAGUGGCUCACAGCUCGCAGCUCCGUGUGCUGAACCUGGACUACAACCCCCUAGGUGACCAGGUAGCUGGGAUGCUCGCUGUCGCUGUGGCCUCCAGUCGAACCCUCGAAGUGCUGGACCUGGAGGGAACAGGGCUUACCAACCAGUCAGCUCAGACCUUGCUGGACAUGGUAGAGAAUUACCCCACAGCCCUACGGACACUCAUCCUGGCGGAGAACAACAUUAGUCCCGAGCUGCAGCAGCAGAUCUCUGAUCUUCUCUCAGAGGGUGAGGAAGAGGAGGAGACGGAGGCCCAUGAAGUCACAGCCAGGGAGAAGAACCCCUGGAUCUGCCAGAACAUUGAUUCACUUGCUGUGGGGAGUCACAGUGUUCCUGGCUGUUGCUCUGAGCCACGGCAGAGCCAGCAAGCUGCCCUCACCUCCCCGAGGCAGGCAGGGGAAGGCUGCACAAACCCUCCAUUCAUGCAGUGCAGAAAGUCAGUACUUCCAGGCCUCUGCUGCUGUAACAUGGCUGAUUGCCCAUGGCGUUCCCUGCUCUUGGGAAGGCAGCACUACCACCCUGUGUGGUGCUGGCUGGAUUGCAGCCUGAAGCCUGCCCCACCUGGACACUGUCUCUCUACUGAAGAACACUCGAUCAGGGCCGAUUUAAAGGCCUGUGCAGGGCUGGGUAAGGGCACAGCUGGGCCAGCACAACCAUAAUCACCUGCAUGUCGGGGGUACUCAGACCUGAUGUUCCUCUGGCCUCUUGCUGCUCUCUCUGCUUUCUCCCCCUCCUCAAAAAUCGAUUCUGUUCUGCAGUGUGGCCGGAGCAGGCCUAGUUCCUACUAAUCUCACACUUCUCUCAGCAGUUCUCCUCCCACCCUGCGGUGUUUGAAUUCCUGAUCCUCACCUCUGGAUCCGGAGCAGAGCCCUGCGCUCUCUGGCAGCCGAUCGGCUCACGG